UGUAAGGCUAGCAGUCAAACGAGCGAGACUUCGAUUUUCUUCAGAACUUACAAAAAUAUUGUAAUAAGUGAAAUCUCAAUUUAUUAUGACUGGUAAAAACCUAGACUAACACAAAAUCAAUUAAAUUAAAGGAUAAAGUGCCAAAGACCGUUGAGAAAAUGAUGUCUCAUUACUACGAGCACUACCAUCGUUGUGAGACACUUGCUGAAUUUAAUUUUUAUUUUGGUGGUGAUAAUGAAGAAGAUAUGGAUGAUGACGAUAACUAUAUUUACUGUUACUGCAGCAGAGUGUACAUAAAAGAUGGCGUUGACACAUACUUUGUGGACAAAGAGUAUGCCAGUGAAAGCGACGUUGAAGUCCUGCGGGACUCACAGUCUCAAGAUUUGGAGGACCACUCCCAUGUGCAUUUCUCCUUAGACGCUUCUUAUAAAAAUAAAUGUGAGAGAGACGAUGUAGCAAGCUGCUACUGCAGUGCAUCCCACACUGAGAACUGCUGUUCUACUGACGAGCAUGAUGCAGGUCACACUCACGGUACUAUAUCCCACGCACUACAGCCCAGUGACAGCGGCGCAGAUCUUACAUACCAAGAUUACCACUUUGAAGCUCAUGAUAAACUCGAACGAAUGGACGAAGACCUCCCAGAUUCUCCAGAAAACUAUUUAGCAGAAGAUACUUGGGAAAAAUUCUGGGCCAUUCAUGGAGAAAGACUGAUUUGGGCAUCCUGGAUAAAGAAAUACAGUGACUACAUCAACCCAGCCUAUUUGGACGAAAACAAGGACUUAGUUCUAGAUGAGAACAACAUACCUAAGCAGCAUUCUGUUGAUCAGAUUUAUAAGAAACAGUCUGAAACUAGCCAGAAAGUAGAAGACGAAGAAAUGAGGGAAAGGAAAUUCUCUUAUGAUUCCAAAGUAAAUCCUUAUAAGAAGCGUAAUUCUCAAAAUCAAGCAGAGAAGGCUGAUAAAAAUAACGAAUUAAGUAAAGAUGAAGGUUGGUUACCGAUAGCUAGGCGUCGAUCUUGUUCUGAACAUGACAGAAUUUUAAGUCCGAGAACUGUAGAUGGUACGGACUCCAUGACUAACGUGACCAGGCUCACUCUAUCAAGCUACGACGUUACUUCUAGCCACGUCACAUCAGAAUCUACGCCUACAGACACUGACUACAGUGUGUCGUCAUCCUCGUCCGAUGACCCAUCCAAUGAUCAGACUAGGAUAGUGAACUUAGAAGAAAAGUACGAGAACCCAGAAGCACAAACGGAUGAGUUAGAUCCUGAGCAAUAUUGGCAAUAUUUAUGGAAGAAACAUUUUGGAGAACAAUACGCGUUGCAUUACGCGCACUACACAGAACACCACAUCGCUCAAGCCAAGGAUGUGCCAGCAAUACAGAUAGAAGUUGUACCAGAACCAGCGAAAAUUGAAGAAAAACUUUUGGAAAUAGAAUGCGAAAACAGUGAAGGAAACUCUCAAGAAACGCCCACAGUUAUCGAAAUACAAAAGCAAACAGAUCAGAUCUCUUUAGAGGACAAACCUAAAGCUGAAAAAAAGAAAAAGAGGAAUUAUUAUGCUACCAGUAAUAAGAAGAAAGAUAGUGGAAGAUACAUAACUUCUGUCGGUGUUUUGCUACAGAACUUGUUGAAGGAAGAGCAGGCAAAGCAAAAUGAACUUACUGAUGCAGCUGAUAAAACAGAAAAUAGUACGAAUAACACAGACAGUACCGAAAAGGCUGAAAUGGAUGUGGUUGAUAGUACGACUGUUUCAAAUAGUACUGGAAAUGUGAAUAGCAAUGAUAAUAAUAAUUCAAGUUCUUAUACCGGUGGUGGCGACGAUGAACCGCCAGAAGACACGCCUGUGGUCUUAAAACGGAGCCAUGAACUUGAUGAUGAAGAAGAUGUAGCUCAAGCCAAGAUAAAGAGCACUAUACAAAUGAUGGGGUUCCACGUGGACACUGACAAGUUGCCGAAAGGCGAGCUGAUUUAUAGGAAGCGGCCGAGCAAACUGCGCCCGCCUAGGCUAAGGAAAAACAUGGGCAAUAAAAAGACUUAUUUCGAUGAAGAUGGCAAUCCGUAUCAGCCAAAGGAUUCUCCAGACGAAAGGGAAAUGCAGACGGAUGAUGACUGCACGGAACUGAAGUCCAGCGGUACGCCACGCCUCAUGUCCAAAGAUCCAAGCUUGGAAGACGACACGGCGAAACUGUCGGAAGCAGCGGCAGUUGCAUUACCCUGCGACGCCGAUGACGAUGAGAAAGAGCUGAAAACUGAAGGAUCUCAACAUAGUAAUGAUAACUCUCGCAUGCCAGCGGAGCUAAGAGAAGACCCGAGGAUGCACAAAUACUGGCAGAAGAGGCACUCUCUCUUCCACAGAUUCGAUGAAGGGAUUAGGUUGGACCAUGAGAGCUGGUUCAGCGUCACACCAGAGAGCGUUGCAUCUCACAUCGCACUUAAAUACAAAUACGACGUAGUAUUGGACGCGUUCUGCGGUGCCGGCGGGAACACGAUCCAAUUUGCGAAGACCUGCAACAAAGUCAUUGCAAUCGAUAUCGACCCCAAGAAAAUUGAGAUGGCGAUACACAAUGCCAAGGUAUACGGGGUCGAAGAUAAGAUAGAGUUUAUUGUUGGCGAUUUCUUCAAGUUGGCGCCAGAUCUUAAAGCGGAUAUGGUGUUCCUCAGCCCGCCAUGGGGAGGCCCGUCGUAUUCUAAAAAUUCAGAAUACGAUAUUGAGGUGAUGCUGGAGCCGAGGCCGGCGUCAGAACUAAUGCGAGUGGCGCGAACUAUAUCACCUAAUGUGGAGCUGUACAUCCCGAGAAACUCUAGACCCGACCAGAUAAUAUCUAUUGCGAAAGAGGUCGGAUGCUCCGUAGAAAUAGAGCAGAGCUUCCUUGAUAGACGUUUCGUAGCUAUAACGGCGUACUUUUUCUAAAAUCAUCGUGAAUCAGUUUAAAGUGAUACACAUCAGUGUUAAACUAGUGCAGUGUUGUGACUUUUUACUAUGUAUAUCUUUACGCACAUGCAUAUGUUUGUGGUAAACCAUUCAAAUAGUAACCAGUACCCUUAGUACGAGUUUGAUUGGCCGGCUCGAAUAAACCAACCAAUCAGAGCACCGAAAACCCUCUCAUUUCGAUUAAUUUAAUUUAAUGUAAAACAAACUCGUACUAAUGGUACAGAUACUUACCAUAUAUCCAAUAAGAUUUUAAACUCAAUGUCUACUAGUGCAGUAGGUACAUUAUAUUCAAACUUUAAUAUUACGUCAAUGUGUAAAAAUGUUAAACAUUUCGUCAAAAUAUUGAGCAAUUCCAUUACUGUUAGUAGAAUUAAUGCAAAUCUUCUUUGAAAUAGUGUAUCUAGAUUUCAAAUAGUACCUAGUUAUUAAGUAUGUAAUAUGUAAACUACUAGUCAUUAUGUUUACUUUAUAUUUGUAUAUAAUAUGUUGUACAUUAUAUCCAGUUUCAUUGUUAUACAGUAUGGAGAUCACUCAUAUGAUUUAAAUAAAACUAAAAGUAUUUCAACAAAGCAAAAUAUUUUAAAAUUGACUUUUUAAACAAAAUAAAUAAUUAAGUCUUUGACUGCCAAAGAAAACUGUUGAAGGCAAAUCCCUCGCUAACGUUGGUCACCGGUGACCACCACGGCGUUCAAUGUGUUAAAUUAAUAGAGUAUGUAUUUAAUUCAAUGUGAACAGCUCCAUGUACCUUGACCACAGAAGAACUGUGAUGUUGUAGGUUGUCUAGGAAUGUUACGGACACGCGGCGCUGCGGUUAUAACGCAGUUUUUAGCGUAACUACUGGGCCUAUUUAGUUCAUUUUUCGUAUAUUGUCAGCCAGGAUGAUAACAAAUAUGUGGAUUAAAUGAAGUCAUAAGAGGUCUCCCCAUACGGUAUAACUAGUUUACUGUGUUCCUUUCUUUGUGCUGCAAAGGUUAUCUUAUUUUAUUUCGACAAUAACAUAAUGUAUAAAAUUGGUAUUUUAAGAAUAAACAUAAAUGUUAAGUAAGAGA